AUGCCAUCUGAGGCUCAGUCUCAGGAGCCUCGGGACAGAGGACCGGCCCCUCCUGUCACUCGGGCCGGACGCAGCGCUCAGCUGGCCAAAGCCGCCGCCACUAGCCCCGUCCCUGAGAGGCGGCCCCGCGGGCGUCCUCGGAAAGAUGGGAGCAGCGGUCGAUCGGCUCCUCCCACCCCUCCCCCUCCUCCACCACCUCCUCCUCCGCCUCCCAAAUCCAGGAAGAAGUAAGUGAGAUGUGUGACUCCUGGGGAGUCAUAUGUGCUGAUGGUCAGUUGAUGUUUUGGAGCAUAAACGGGUCGACUGUGAUGAUAACGAGCUGAAGGAGGUCGUACUGCCACCUACUGUACUGAAGGACUAGAGAUGAUUCUGUUUAAUGAAACUAAAGUCAACAUCAAUAUUAUCAGCAUCUCUGACCAGGACCAGUAUGCACCUGCAUCUGUACAGUACACACCAGGAGAAGGUCUGAGGAGAUGCUGAACGUCAUGAUGACUUUAGUUCAGAAGAAAAAGACUGAAACGCAAAUGUCCUCGAAUCUGUCAAAGAAAUUGAAACAAGAAAAAAGACGCGUCUGAAAAAGUCAAAGUGAUGUCUCAUGUUCCAGUAUGUUCAUGUGUCAGACUACCAGGGUUCAGAAAAGGCAGGAGAGACAUAAAAAUGUUGAACUAGGUGAGCUGAGUGACAGGAAAUGGGUCCUCUGUGGGUGUGGCCAAAUGUCACCUGUGCAGACUGUUACGCCGUCGACCCUCAGGAGUCUAAAAUGAAGCGAGUGUCUGUGUCAGCUUCAGGUUUGACUGUAUUAGAGUCCAUAUGUGUGUGUGUGUGUGUGUGUGUGUGUGUGUGUGUGUGUGUGUGUAUUGGAGGAGGGGUAAGGCGUAAUGGGGAGGAAGUGGUUAAGUUGCACGCUGGGUAAUGAGCAGGAGAUGUGCUCUGGACUGAGUCUGGUCCAGGUUUUACCUCCUGCUACUACACUACACACACAUACACACACUUUCAUACAAACACACAUAUACACACACACACUCACUCUGCUGGAUCUACUGGGGGGGGCAUAUGUGAUGUCAUGGUGUUUACCUGAACACCUGGUCAAAGUUCAGGUGAAAGUGUUUUUCUGACUCUAAAGUCAGAGUUUUAGUUUACAGAGAAAAUCUCUGAUUUUCUGUUGAUCGCUCUGAUAUUGAUCGAUUUAUUAUUCUUUAUUAUAUUCGAUUGUUUAAGUCAUUUUGAUUAAAUCUGUUCAGUCUGGACUGGAUCAUGUUGACACUCGCAGAAAAACAAACAUCAUUAAAUGAGAAUUAAUAAGAUCUCACUGAUCGUAGAUUUCCUUUAGUGUCCGUCUGUAAACACGGCCUCAUGUCUGCUCAUUAAAAUCUCAAAGUGGAUUAUAAAUCAUUCCCCUUUUGUGGUCGUCUGCAGCCAUCUCUUUGGACUUUGUGAUCAGCUGAGGUUUAAAGGGAUAUUCCGGCGUAAAAUUAAUUAUAGGUCAAACCCACCGUAACACCGAGUUAGACCCCCCCUCCAGAGAUGAAUGUUGCCGACUGCUUGCUUCUCUAGUUAUAACAACUUUAGUAACGACCGCAGGAUAGCAAUACAGAGAGCCACGCCCUCAACCAAAACGCCACUCUAUAGCCACAAAUAAUGCUCAGAACAGCACCUAACUUCAUCAACAGGACAUAUAGGGUCACAGAUAUAGUACUAUAUUCAGAGUUGUUCUAACUCCUAAGAAAACAUUAAACUUAAGCGGGGGCGUUUCUCCACCUCUGUAGUCUAUAAGCUGGGCCAAGAAACUUCUACUGUAGUAAAAUGAAAAGGUAAAGGUGUUUUUAUUGAGCCGAAUAAUCAAUAAAAUCAUAAUUUUGUUAACAGGUAUGGAUUUAUGUGCUGUCAAGUUAGUAUAUGUGAAUAUGAGCACAGUAAAGUUAAAUCAGCUAAUUUUUCAAUGAGCUUCUGUUACUAAACAGAACUACACCAUGAUCUACUGAGGUUAGUACAUAUAGGGUCACAGACAUAGUACUAGACACCAAACAUCUUUUUAACUUUGACUCAUUUCUUUAGCAGAGAGACUAAACACAACUCACCUACUCUCUUCCAGCAGACGCUUGUUUGUAGAGAGACCUCAGGCCAGUCCAUUAGGGACUACAGCGGGGUGACGCAGCUCAAGGAAGAACAUUUAUGAUCAUUUCUUUAUCAUUUCCUUGAAGUAAUAAUCACCAUAUUAAUCAUUUUUCACUGCAGACGUGGUAGUUCUUCUGUCUUAGCGUCUCGCUCUGAUUGUAUUUCCAUGAAGAAAUAUCCCUUUAAGAAUCAGCUGUUGGCUCACGUUUCUUUUACUCCUCAAUCUAUUGAUUAGGAUUAGAGGUAAACGGGUUAAUCAGGCUGAUCGAUGACAUUUUUUCAGGCUGUGAUGGUCAGCUCUGAACUCACUGUUCUUUUUAAAAUGUUGUUGAAGCUAAUGGCAGCUGGUUGUCGCAGUUUAACCUAAUGGACAGAAAUAACACUGAACCUCCAGAGACAGACUGUGUCUAAUGAUGUGUUCACAGCAGACUCAGAGAAAGUGUCAUAAACAAACUCUGCUGCUACGGUUUUUAAAUUAUCACACACUUUUAUUUUCGGCAUUGACGUCACCCAGCCCCCCGUUUGCAACAACUUUGGACAGAUAUAGUGAUCCGAUUCAUGGAUAGACGUGGACUAUCAAACUAUGGGAGAGAAGUGGAUGGGAGAUAGGUCUGAAAUACAGGAGAGUGCUGGAAAAACAGGAGUGUUGGCAGGUAUGCUAUAAGCUGUGCGCCUUUCUGCGAGGAGCAUACUUCUCGGCGGGUGUAAGUUUCUCGGCACAACAGCAGCAUAAACUAACGGCACCGUUUCGGGUCCAUUCGGGACAAAUGAGGGGUUGGGUGACCUCUGGAUGACCUAUAAAACAAUAUUUAAUAACUUGAAAAUAAAAAAUUAAACGGCACAAACGAAGCAUGAACGAAGCAGACUUUUUUCCCGAAAUUUUGCGUGGGGUGGGGGGCCAAGCUUCACGCAGGUAGAUUUACUUCCCUGUUUUUGAAUCCAUAAACGAGAACAAACUGGAAACGUUUCCUUCAGCUUCUUGAAGCUGUAAUCGUCGGUGAAAUUUAGUUGUUAAAGUUUGAUCAGCUGUUAAAUCGGUCUCUCUGUGUUUCAGAGGACGAAUCUUCAUCAGAGUUUUUGGAGCAGCUCGGACCCAUCGGCCUCCCACAUGACAUCAACGUCCAAUCACUGUUCGACCCUACAGGUACGGGAAGCCCCUCCUCUUCUCUCCACUCUUACCUCCAUCCUCCCUCUGCCUCUGUGAACUGACUGUGUGUGUGUGUGUGUGUGUGUGUGUGUGUGUGUGUGUGUGUGUGUGUUUGUGUGUGUGUAGGUCAGUGCUGUGCUCACAUGCAGUGUGCAGCCUGGUCUGAGGGGGUGUGUCAGGGUGAGGGCCAAUCGCUGCUCUUCGUGGAUAAAGCCAUCGACUCAGGAAGCACACAGGUCCGUUUGUCUUUUAUCUAAAUAAUUAACACUAAAUCAAGAGUGUCCCAGCCUUGUUAAGCCCCGCCCUCUCUCUCUCUCACCUUUACAGGUGUGUGCAUUCUGCCGACGGCUGGGUGCAUCACUGCGUUGCCGGGACACAAACUGUGGGCGGAGCUACCACUUCCCCUGUGCUGCUGCUUCAGGAGCUCAGCAGGACUGGAGCCAGAAACACAUACUGUGUGCAAGACACACAAUCACAGGUACACACUCAGUUUACACAACCUGGUUUGUUCAUGAAGCCGGGUGUCAAUAAAGUUUCUCUGUCGAUGUAAACGAAAGAAACAUGAUGAGCUGACGGUUUAGAAACGUUUAUUUAAAACGAUCAAAAUUGUGACUAUAAAGGAUUAAAAGUUUCAAACAGUAAACACUCAAUUUCAGUUUCAAGAAGCCUUAUUGGCAUGAUUGUGACUACAAUACUGCCAAAAUGUUUAAACACAAUAAUAACAACAACAAUAAUGGUAAUAUUAAUAUUAAUAAGAAUAAUAAAACAACAAUUAAAAAAAUAAAAUAAAAUAAAAUAAUAAUACAACAACUACGACAACAACAAUAAUAUUAAUAGUAAUUAUAAUAAGUAUAAUUAUAAUGAUAUUAUAACAGCAAUAAUAAAAUUAAAAUAAUAAAAUGAAAAACUUAAUUCAAUAACAACAACAAUAAUUAUAAUAAUAAUACUAGUAUAUUAUUAUGAUUAUUAUUAUUAAUAAUCAUAAUAAUACCAUAAAAAUGAAAAUAAUAACAUUAAAAUAUAAUAAUAAUAAUAAUAAUAAUAAUAAUGGUAAUGAUGAUUAAAUAUAAUAAUAAUAAUUACUUUAAUAUUAUUAUCAUUAUCAAAUUUUCAAUGAUAAUAAAACAACGACAAUAAUAAUAAUAAUACAAAAUAUAACAACAUAAUAAAAGUAAUAAUGAAUAAAAAGUGUCACUAUCAUCAUGUUUGCUGAUUAAAAACGGAUUUAAACACUUGCUUUCCCUCUCUCAUUCCCCCCCACAGGGUCUUCACAGUGUAUGUUGUGUUCAGGCAGUGGUGAUGUCAGUGGUCUGUUGAUGUGUUGUUGCUGUGGAAACUGUUACCAUGGCAGUUGCCUUGACCCCCCUGUGGCCCCCUCCCCCCUGUCUCGGGCCGGCUGGCAGUGUCCUGAGUGUCGAGUGUGUCAGUUCUGCAGGUAACACACACACACACACACACUUGUCACAGUGAUUGUAACUACUGUGUAUUUUGGGAUGACUGAACUCUCCUCUUCCUCUGUUUGUGUGUUUGCGUGUUAGACUACGAGGGGAUGAUGUGGAGUUGCUGGUGUGUGAGCGCUGUGAUAAAUCCUACCACACACACUGUCUCACUCCUCCCCUGGAUCACACACCGAGUUUCGGCUGGAGCUGCAAGGUGAGACACACACACGUACUCAGAGUUCAGUCAGACUUUCUUCAUGUGUGUCUGUGUUUGUGUGUGUUUUUAUAACCUCCUUCUCCUCCUCCUCCAGAGCUGCAGAAUCUGCAGGAGUUGUGGUGUGAGGUCAACAGGCCAGUGGGCCAAUCACCCGUUUCUGUGUGAGUCAUGUGACCCAGCCCUGCCCUGCCCUCUCUGUGACCGUGCCCCCGACCUCUACACACCACAGGACUAUCUGACCUGUACCUGCUGCUAUAGGUACACACAUACACACACACACACACACUUAAUUAUUCAACAGGGUAAACAGGAGCUGAAUAUUAUAUCAUAAACAUUCAGAACAAAAUGAGACAUGAGUUUCUGACUCAGUCAUCGUAUUUUCAGAGGAGCACAAAAGUUUAGUGAAAUUUUAUAGCAAAGUAAAACGAGAAAAUCCAUCAGAGGUUAUGAGUCAAGGAUAAGUCAAGAUAAAUGAGGGGAGUCGGCUGUUUGUUCAAAAGGAAGAACUCGGUAAAGGCUUGAAAGGGUUAUGGUGACCAUACGUCCUCUUUUACCCGGACGUGUCCUCUUUCGGGGGGCUGUCUGGGGGGAGUUUAUAAAAUUGUUCAAAUGUCGGGAACAUGUAUUCAUUCAUGAUAAAACAGUGCAGAGCAUCAGUGCGCUCUGCAGCUUCGCCCCUCCACUCACUUCUAAGCAAAGUCACUGACGAGACGCACGCAUGUGCUGUCUUUGGGAAUUCAGAAUAAUAUGAGUUUAACUGAGUUAGAAGUACAUAAAAAACUCUUGACCCAACAAAAAAAAACAAACUUGUAAUGGUGUCCUCUUUUUGGGGAUUCAGAGUAUGGUCACCCUAACGUAUGUCCUGUGUUAACAUAAACACAAUGCAUGCCAGAAAUGCACAAAUAGCAUUUUUGUUGGAUUAUUUUUAGGCUCUCACUGAAGGUGGCAUACAUCUGUUUCUGUUAUCAGAGACUCAAUAAAAUUUGAGUUGACCAUGAAAAAUAGUCUUUUUUUUUUAAAUCAAAGAAAGGCAUUGAUAAGGGAAUCAUUAAUGAAUUUAAUCGAUAAUUGCAUCUAUAAUAUCUUAUCAAUUCCCAUCCCUAAGGUUUGGUGAUAAAUUACACCUCAUGCUUUUUUUAUUAGUCACAUCUGGUUUCAACCACGCAUGCAAAAAAAAUACAAAAAAAUGAAAUAAUUUGGUAAAAUGAGUUUACCAUAAGAGGUUGAUAAAGCUGCUCAGUGAAAGAUGAAGACAUGAUGAAAUCCAUUUACUUUAUUUCCUGUUUAAUCUAAACUUUAAAUGUCUCGCAGGUGUGUCCAUACGGAGUGUAUAGUCCAGUCGGGGGAGGGCAGGGCGGGGUCUGAAGAUUACGUCUGCUCCACCUGCAGGCCUCAGGAGGAAAAACUAAUAGCACACACUCCACCCCCCCAUAGUCCUGCCCCGGCCAAGCAGAGUCCACCACAGGCAACAACCAUCAACAUUUCACAACCACAAAGUCCAAGUCACACAGAGGCUCCACAUUUCAGUUCCACCACUCACAGUCCAGUCCAGCUCAUCUCCACUGAGCCCCCGCAGAGUCCUGCCAGGACCCUCUGUGAAGAAAUGCAGCAAAGUCCUGCACCACCCCACCCUGAUUCAUCAGAGCCCCCCCAAAGUCCUGAGCCAUCUCAUCCCAAUCCCAAAGAGAUCCACCAAAGUCCUCCACCAGCCCAGUCUGAUCAAACAAAACCCCCACAGAGUCCAGCAACAGAGCUUCCAAACAGUCCUGAACCAUCUCACCCUGGUUCUGUAGAACACCAUGAAAGCCCAGCACCAUCUCACCCUGAUCACACACAGCUCAAACAAAGUCCACCACCUCACCCUGAUCCUGAGGAGCUCCUUGAAAGUCCUGCAGAACCUCACCCUGAUCACAGAGAGCUCAUACCAAGUCCACCAUCUCACCCUGAUCCCACUGAGCUCCAACAAAGUCCUGCAGAACCUCACGCUGAUCCCACAGACCCGGAUCAGAGUCAUUCUCCAUCUCUGGAACAAAUUCCAUCAUCGACACAAGACCUGCAGAAAAGUCCUUCGCCAUCGCGCCCUGAUCCAACAGAUCUUGAAAAAGGUCCUUCGCCAUCCCCCAUGGAUAUCAAGGAGCUCCACCAGAGUCCUGCACACUCUGACUCUGGUCCAGCAGAUCAUCUUCACAGUCCUGCCUUUACAAAUAAUGGGCCAUCAGAGCUCCAGCCAAGUCCCCAAUCUGAGCCAAUAAACCUCCCACAAAGUCCCCCUGUCUCUGAACCUUCAGAGCUCCAAUCAGGUUCUGGAACACCUUGUCCUAACCCAGCAGAGCUCCCAAAAAGUCCAGCCCAUUCUGACCUUGAUCCACCAGGGCCAGCACAAAGUCCUGCACCAUAUCAUCCUGUCUCCACAGGUGAUCAGGAGAUCCACGUCACACCUCACCUUAGUCUAGAAGAGCUUCCACAGAGCCCCACACAGUCUGAUUCUGGUCUGACAGAACUCCCAAAAAGUCCAGUUCUUGGCCCUUCCAGUCCUGCUGACCUUCAACCAAGUUCCCCCCACCUGGAGCAGAGUCCUCCUCAGAUCAGUUGUGCUUCUCCCAGACCUCCCCACGGUUCCUCACAGGAUCAGCUCAUGGUCACAGAGUGUCCACAGGGUAGUCCCAUGUCAUGUAGCCUUCCGCAUUCCCCACAGAGUCAGACUGAGACAGACCUUGUUCUUGUCCAGGUCCAGCCAGUGCCUGCAGACCCUCAGCUUAGCCCUCUGCCACCACACAGUCCCAUGCAGGACGACACCUUAGAGACACAACUUGGUGAUUCACAAAGUCCUCAACACAUCAUCAACCACCCCCAUCUCAGUCCUCCUCCACAAGUCUGCACAUCACAUCCACCAAGUCCUGCAAAGGAUUCUGAACCUACACUGGACCAGAAGAGCCCUGGAUUGAGCGACUCUGCUCAGUCGUGUUCUGGAGCCACCCAGAACAAUUCUACACUGGACCAGGAUCUCUUACCAGUCUAUUGUAGGUCUGCUCAGAAACCAAGAACGCAUGCCUCACUGAGGGUCUCUUCAGCUCCAUGUAGCCCAUCACAGUCUCCACUUAGACCUGAACCAGGUAGGCUGUCGCUACCGGCAAGUCCAGCACAGACUGAGAUCCCUUCACAGCUUCGCCUUCUUCAGACCAGAACCACAGAGCUGAAGUCUUCGCUGAGUCCCAACCCCGAUGGCCAAACACUGGAAAGUAGUCCCGCUCCUCUUAGCCCCACUUCGCCCCUUGAGAACCAAGAACACGCCGUUGAUCUAGACCGGUCCAGCCCCUCUCACGGCCCGGUCUCGCCCGCACCAGAAAGCCUUGUUCACAUGAGCACUUCGAUGGAACACAGUAGCCUAACACGCUCACCUUACGCCGACGACAUGGAGGAAGACCCUCCAGAAGCUCGUCAUGGUCAUCAGAGUCCUUCUAGUGACCGCGAACUUUGCCAAGGUAGUCCAGUACAUAUCCAACAAAGUCCAGUCAGAGCGAGUCCCACCCAUGCCAGUAAGACGCCUGCUAGUCCCGCCAGCUCUUCCCAGGCCUGUGCUGGUCCAAUGACAAUGGGGACUAGACUUUUAGGUGAAGAAAUGAGCCCCUCAACAACGCCGGCCGGAUCCAUCCACCCCACCUCAAACCAGGACAGCACCAGUCCCUUUACUGGUCCCAGUCAUCCUCAGUCUACUCCAGACAGUCCAGUCCACACAGAAGCUAAUAGUGACCACAGUCUCAUGGACACGCAAGAGGGAAGUCCUGCACAUCCCGGCCAGUCAAGUCCCUCAUUGGUUCAGAGUUCUCCAGUCCACACCAGUCCCCGUCCAAGUCCAGCUCGCUUUAGUCCUCCACACUGUAGGUUGACCGGUUCUAGCCCAGCUAGUCGCUCUGUUAGCCCCAGUCUGAGCCCCCCCGGCCAGACUCCAUCCUGCUCUGCUGACACACUCGAUGUCGGUAUCAUCUGUAGUCCACCUAGGUCUAGUCCUGCUGGUCAAGCUAGUCCUGUUCACGUACAAAACUUGAGUUCGGUCCACUCAGGUCGAGUCCAAAGACUGUCCCCAUCCUCAGCGAACAGUACUUGCAGCAGUCCUGUACGGGAUACCGCAUCACACAUUAGUCCACCUCACAGUCCAGCUCCUGACACUGGAACCAGUCCUGGCCUCUCUGUGGCCCAGCUGAGCUCUGCUGAGGAGAUCAUGGCCAGUUCAGAAGCCCAGAGUCCUGCUCCUCCAGUUUCAGUCCAGCUUGGUUCUGGUCUUGAUGAACCCACAGACAGUAUUAGGCAGAUCAGCCCCCCAGCUGAUGACUCGUGUCCUGGUAGCCCCGACUCGGCAAAUCUGAGCCAGGUUCCCCAGUCUCCAGAUAGUCCUCUCUGUGCCCCAGAUAGUUCUGCUGUUGAAAUCCAACCUUCCCAAGCAAGCCCCCUUUAUCAAGAACCAGGAACCCCCCCUGUUAAUAGGACUUCCACUCAUGCUAGUCCAAGUCAGGCCAGUCCUGUCUGUUCUAGUCCCGCUCAGGAUCACACUGCAAUGCCAAGCUCAGAUCUCAGCAUUGAAACCCCAGCUAGUCCCCCACCUCCUGGCUCUCCUCAGACCUCCUCCACUGCUCCUCAAAUUCAGGCCAGUUCUGUGCACAGUAGUCCAAUCAGGAGUCCUCCUUUUGGCCCCUUGGAACCCGGUGAUUCACAGCCUAGCCCAGAUCCUGUCCCUCUACCAGAAGCUGUUCCUAGUUCAAGUCCUGUUAGCCCCAUGGAGCUGAAGGCCAGUCUCAGUCCGGGCCAUACAAGCCCAGGUUCUGACGUCCCUGUGCAGCUUGAGAUCAGUCACAGUCCUGGUUCUGGUGGCCCGAUGCAGACUGAUGAUAGUCUUGGUUCCUCCAGUCCUCAAUCAGGGAAGGAGUCUGCAGCCAUAGAAGGUGAGUGUCAGAGAAGACGUACGAGAUUUUCAGGAGUCAUCAUGUUUGUUUUUGAUUCUUGUAGACCGUCAGCAAACAACUAAAGGAUUUAGAUUUAAAGACCUUUAUAGAGCGCUAAAGAAGACGGGAUCCUGAGUGAACUAUGAUUUCCAAUUCUUUGGUGAAAGGACAACUGGACUUCCUUGAGGCGAAACGUCUCAAGUCCAGUUGUCCUUUCCAAAAGAGUUUUAGAUUUCAAUCCAUCAGACUCUGUUUUAUCAACAUUAUACACACAAUCGGUCCCAACUCUUCUGGACUUGAGGGUCUGUUUUCAGAGUUCUGGUUCUGGUUCAAAAACGUUUCUUUAUUUGUCUAGAAGUCAGCAUGUUGGAGGAGCAGGAGGACGGAGUAAUACAGAAGAAGACUGAAGAGGAGGAAGAGGAGGAGAUGGACAUAGAAGCUCUGGAGCAGAAGGAACGAGAGGAGGAGGAGCAGGAGGAGCAGGAGGAGAGGGAGGAGGAGUGUCAGCAAACGGCAAAGAGGAGUCCAGAAAAGGAAGAGUCCGUGGAGGGGAGAGAAGGAGGAGAGGAGGAAGUCUGUGUCUCUGCAGGUAGGAACCAACUGUGGUACAAAUAUGAAUGUUCAGUGUGUGUGUGUGUGUGUGUGUGUGUGUGUGUGUGUGUGUGUGUGUGUGUGUGUGUGUGUGUAUUAUGGGGUAUGAAGGAGAACUGAAUCACCUCCACUCUUCUCUUUCCUCUUUUCUCUCUGCAGGAGUCCAUCAGGAGCUCCAUCAGUCUCCUUUUCUCACUCUGGCUGCCUCCCCCCUUCUCGUCCAGCCCUCUCCUCCCACCUCACCAAACUCUGCCUUACUCCCCCAACAGUCCCCUCACUCCUCUUUACCUCCUGCCUCCCCCCUAACCUCACCUCUGUCCCCUCCUCCUCCUCCUCCUGCCAGAGCUGGCUCUCAGGAGGCCUCCCCCUCCUCACCUCACAGGACUGCCUUACUCCCCCCUUGUUCCCCUCGUUCUCCUCACUCUCUGUCCCCUCCCUCUCCGACUGUAGAAGACCGCCCACAGGAAGAGGCGGAGCCAGUUAUUCAGGAAGAAACUGAGACAAAGAAGGAAGUGACCGAGGCUCUGAAGGAUGAAACACUUUUCUGUCAUGUGACAGCUGAUGGCAGCCAAUCAGAGCCCCCGAUUGAACCUGUCGCUCUGAUAACAGAACCCACCAAAGAAAAGCACCAAUCACAUGCUGAGCCUUCAGAGAGGAAGGAGGAAGAGGAGGAGGAGGAGGAGGAGGAGGAGGAGGAGCCUGCUGAAACUCCAGCAGCACCGGCCUCUCCUGAGCAGCAGCCAAUCAGGGAGCAGCAGAAGGAGGAAGAGGAGGUGCAUGAGGAGGAAGCAGCUGUUAGGAGGGAGGAGGAAGAGGAGGAGGAGGAGGAUGAAGAUAAAAGUUUCAAGCCUGAGGAGCAGUCAGAUGUGGAGGAGGAGGAGCCUGUGAGCCCUGUGCUGGAGCUGGACCCGUCUUUAGACAUGGAGGUGAUGGAGCUGAUGACCUCCUCAUCACCUCCUCCUUCACUCCUGCACCUUCCCUCACCCAGUCCGCCUCCCUUCUCCCGCCGGGGGAAAGGUCGGACACUCAGACCUCCCCCCUGCUCCACCCGACCUUCAGACGACCUCUCCAUCCGUCUGAGACAGUCUCCAUUCUCCACUGAGGCCUCCCCUGAGACCUCCCCGGUCAGAACUCCCAUGACGCCUCCUCCGCUCUCCCCACCUUCACCUCCUCUGAGGGUCUCUCCCUCUACCAGGGAGUCUCCACCUCUUUCAAGGGUAAAGAUGACUCCUUGUUUCCUCCUCCUCCUCCUGCUGCUCCUCCUCCUCUGUGUGACUCACCUGUUUUAUCUGCUCUCUCUCCAGCCUCAGGCUCCUCUCACCACUGUGAUCCCCCUGACUCCGAAGAUCGGGAUGGGGAAACCGGCCAUCUCUAAGAGGAAGUUCUCCCCGGGCAGAGCCAGGAUCAAACAGGUGUGUGUGAGACCUCUGGAGAGUCUCCGGUCGACUCUAAAGAUGAAACUUAGAUCUUGUUGUUAGUGAGUUUUUAUUGUUUCACUUUGAUAAUCUGGAUUAAGAUCAGAUUAUGAUUUGAUUGUGAAGAUUAUGAUUCUCACACAGAAACAUUUGAAACCAAACCUGAAAAAAGGAAAGUCCAGUUUUCUCGGUGAAGUUCUGCCGUGUUGGAGAGAGUGAUGUAACAGCUGUUUCUGUUUUUGAGAAGUACUCUUCCUCUUAAACUAAACUCUCUCUCUGUGAGGAUCCUUUCUCUCAUGUCAGAAACUUUAGCUGCGAUUCUGCUCAAGGCGAAAACAUACAGGAUGUGUAUUUGGAGCGUGGCAGCAGCGUCUCGUAUCUCGCAGCAAAUAAGUUUCCAUUCUAAACAAACCAGCAGAGCGUACAGGACGUCUAUCAGCUCCGUCGCAGCAUCGUAUCGAGAGCAGCUCUGCUAAAGAUACGCGGCGAGUCGAUUUUUUUCUGCUCUACGCUUCCAAUGGGGGUCAAUCCACACAGAGAAGAUCGUUCCAGACAGGAAGUCAAGAAAGAAAACCACACAUCAUCCAGUAUUUCAAAAUAAAACACCAUAUGUGAACUCCUGACUGUGGGAGGGGUAGCACUACGCUGCUGCUACGCUCCAAAUACACUGAUCCUGGAUGAGAUAUCCAACGCUGCUCUACGGAGCAAAUACAGAACAACACGCUCAAUAUAGAUCAUGGAUAUUUUCGGCCCAAGCGGUCCAGUUCACUCAGGUUUGGUUCUGUAGUGGUUCUUUUUCCAUUGUCAAAAGUGUAAAAAACAAAAGGACCAAAAUAACAGAUCCAUGCAACGGCUGCAGCUUCAGGAUUUACUGCAGCGACCUGGACCAGAGUUAGGAUUAAAGUCUGAGCAGGAAGAAUUAAGAGGACACACUUUGAGGAACUUUAUAUUCUUGUACCUGAAUUUCCCGUUUCUGUCCUUCAGUCACUCUGAUCGACCUCUAGGCCGCAGUGUUGUCCCUCUGUCCCAGUGGAUUAUGGGAAAUAUUCUCUUAAGCUUUAUGGAGGGAGAACCAGAAAGAUCUGUUCCUCCACAUCCUCUCCUUCUCUUCCUCCUCUUCCUCCCUGUCUGCCACUCACUGAAACCACUGCAUCCACUCUUGAUUCUGCAGCAUGUACACACACACACACACACACACACACACACACACACACACACACACACACACUCAUAAAGAUCAUGGCAUGAAGCUGUUUUUGUCUGUGAGUGAAUGUUGGCGUGUUGAGAGGAGGAGUCAGCUGAUCAAACGUCGGGUUUAAAGUUUAGCUCUCGCUACUUUGAAAACAGACGCUGAAAAUAUGAGCUGGUUGUCAUAGUAACGGUCAGACAUCAGUCUUCUCAGACAGACCGUCAUCCUUUAAACCUUUGCAUCACAAACAAUGAUCUUUGUAAAGACUCUUCACGUUCAUGCAAACUUAAAGUUCCUCCUCCUGUUUUUUAUUUGUUCUCUUCGAGAUGAAAAGUGUCUCGGUUCCUUUUUUUAUCUGUCAAAAACAAUUUAAUUUAAUUCUUUAAAGAUGUUAGUAAAUUGAAGAAACUUAAAGCCUCUUCAUGCUUACUUUCUUACUUUACCAAAACCUGUCUGUCCAUCUAACUGGACCAUAUAAACAGUCACGUGUUUAAAUCUCAUCUCUGCAGGAGCUUCAGUUUAACUUUGGUGAUAAUACUCAGUAGAUUCAAUGUCAGAUUUCACGUCUGUUGAACUCUUUAACAUUUUAUCGCAGAUCAAAUAAAUCCCUCAUCCUUUUGAAGACUUCCUAUGAUUUCUUUAAAAACUUUUUAUCCUGACAAUUUUCUGAUCAGCAGCUUCUGUGAUCGAGUUCAUUCUGUCCCUUAGCUUUUCAGACACACACAGCUGCUGUCUCCUCCUCUCCUCUGCUCUCCUCUACUCUCUCCUCCUCUUCUCUCUUCUCUCCUCUCUCCUCCUCCUUAUCUCCUCUCUCCUCCUCUCCUCUCUCCUCUCCUCUCUCCUCCUGUGUCUGUCUUUCUGAAGUGACAGUGAGCGCUGUCUGAGGGGAGGGGCCACGCCCUCACUGUUUUAGGGGCGGGGCCACGCCCUCGCUCUGGAACGGUUCGCGUCAUUAAACGUAUAGGACCUAAAAUUGACCUUUAGUUAGUUUCAUCACAGUGAGGGAUAUGACUCCUCCCACUCCGUGUGUACUUGUGUGACUGUCUGUUCUCUGAUUGGUUGCAUGUUGUUGCCAUGGUAACAUUGUCUCAUUAAGACCUCUGUUGUUUUUUUGCCUGAUUUGUCGUCUUCAGUUCUUUUUUGAAGUUUUCUUUUGUGGCUGUUGCAUUUAUGUUACUGCAUUUUGUCCCCCCCCACCUCCCCUUCUCUCUCCUUUCUCCUCCUCUACCUCCUCUUCUUCUUUUUCUCCCCCCCACCACCACCUUUCUUUGACCUUAUUCCAUCCACCCCCUCCUCCUCCUCCUCCUCCCUAACUCAGGGUUCGUGGUGGAGUAACCGCAGGGCGGUGAGCCCCCCCUCAUCCUCCCAGGAUUCCAUGGGGGAGGGAGGGUGGGACAGCCCUAAACCUCAACCACCGGACUCCCCCCUCUGGAGCAUGAGAGUGGUAAAGAAGCAGACUCUAAUAACUAACCCUCGAACCUACUAACUCUGUGUGCUCUACCCGCCCCGCAGGGAUGUAACCGUGUCAAAAACAAGCGCACCCUAACUGUCAGCCUGUCUGUGUGUGUGUGUGUGUGUGUGUGUGUGUGUGCUGGAGCUAACAGCAGCUCACUAACUGUGUGUGUCUGUGAGCGCCCUCACCCUCCUGAACCCGCUGAACACGGAGGCGUGAGCUUUAGCCUCCUGAUGAUCAGAAUCGGAGAGUUUGUUAAUAAUCCAAGAAUUAAUGUUGAACACGAACGUUUUCAUAUUUCAGUCAAAGAGAGAGAGCUCGUUUUCAAUUUGGCGCCAGCAACACUUUUUUAAAGCGUUUGAAAAGGACAACAGUUCUCCUUCCCCCCUCAGGGUCGGGGUUCAGGGUUUCCAGGCAGGAGGAGGUCCAGAGGAGGAGGCCUUGGAGGAGGAAGAGGAGGCAGAGGAAGGAGCCGACUGAAAACCCAGGACAGUCUGACGAUUUCACCCGGGGUAAGAACACACACACACACACACACACACACACACACACACACACACACACACACACACACAUCAGUGGAGGUGUUCAUGAGUGUUUCUCCUCCUCAGUCUGUGUAUGUGGAGCCGCCUCAGCCGAAGGAGGAGGAGGAGAACUCCAUGCACAACACAGUGGUGAUGUUCUCCACCGUAGACCACUUCACCCUCAGACAGGUACGCCUCCUCCAGACUCCAAAUCAUCUGGUCAGAUAAAAGGGUCACCAUGUUUCUCAUAAACCUCCUGUGUGUUUGUGUUUGUGUGUGUGUUUGUGUGUGUGUGUGUGUGUUUGUGUGUGUGUUUGUGUGUGUGUUUGUGUUUGUGUGUGUUUGUGUUUGUGUGUGUUUGUGUGUGUGUGUUCAGGACAUGUGUGUGGUGUGUGGCAGCUUCGGUCAGGGGGCUGAGGGACGACUCUUGGCUUGUUCUCAGUGUGGACAGUGUUACCAUCCCUACUGCGUCAACGUUAAGGUCAGUAUGAAAACACACUCCCACACCUGAGCAGGUAAUAGAAUCCCUUAAAGGAGACCUGUGACGCUGGUUUGUAUUUAAAUACAUAAAUAUAAUACAUAAACAACUUUGGAUGUUCAUGAAGUCCAACAGAGUUUCUGAACAUGAGUCUGAAGAGACAUCUGGGGAGUUUUAGCUUGAAUGUAACAUCAGGUGAUGCCGUCCUGGAAGGACAACGUUAGCGGACAUGUUAGUAAGCUCCUGUCCUGUCACACAGGGACAAUUAAACUGGAAGGAACAUUAAUUUACACAUAAUCAAAUAGAUGUGGCUGAUCUGGACACUAACCCCCAAUUUUCACCUCAUCUGGAACGGCUGCAAUUUUUUACCGGACGCUAAUUCCUACCAGAUCCGUUUGUGAAGCAGAUUUCACGGCUGAUUACGGACAGCAGGAAUCACGUUCAAUCGUGCGAUAACAAGUUGUCCCCUGAGCUGUGUACCGUUUAAAAACAGCUGAAGACGUGUUCCUGUAAUGAUCUUAAUUCUGUCUCUGGUUUCGUGUCCAGAUAACACGAGUCAUCCUGACCAAAGGGUGGCGUUGUCUGGAGUGUACUGUGUGCGAGGCGUGUGGCGAGGCCAGCGACCCCGGUCGUCUUUUGUUGUGUGACGACUGCGACAUCAGCUACCACACCUACUGUCUGGACCCGCCCCUCCACACCGUCCCCAAAGGAGCCUGGAAGUGCAAGUGGUGGGUCCACCUGUCCGUCACCCUUUACCGCCUGUACCUCACCUGUCAGUCAGCGGACUUUGAUGAAGAGUGUGUGUGUGUGUGUUUCUCCGCAGGUGUGUGUGGUGUGUGCAGUGUGGCUCCACCUCCCCCGGGCUGCGCUGUGAUUGGCAGUGUAACUACAGUCUGUGUGGACCGUGUGCCAGCCUGAGCCGCUGUCCUCUCUGUCAGAGACCGUACGUCCAGGACGACCUCAUCAUGCAGUGUCAGCAGUGUGACAGGUAACACACACACACACACACACACACACACGCGCACGCUGAAGUCCACGGUUCGAGAAUAAACUACGACAGAAUCAUUUUUAACAUCAUGAAAGGUUUAAAAGCUAAUCAAGAAACUGACAAUGUUCAAACACCAGACACAUAAAUAUACGUGCAGACUGAAGGAGAUGAUGGGUGUAAACGGUCAGCAAACAUUUGUGGUCAUUUUGGCGCCGUGGGCAGGUGCUACGCUGUAAACAUCAUGUGACUUUUUGUCAUUAAAAUGAAAAAUAGGUUUUUAAUAUUUGGAUUAAAGGCUUUGAAUGAAAAAAUAUUAAAACUUAACUCUGUGAAUUAAAUUAUAAAAAUAUGUGUGUGUGUGUGUGUGUGUGUGUGUGUGUGUGUGUGUGUGUGUGUGUGUGUGUGUGUGUGUACAGGUGGGUCCACGCCGUGUGUCAGGGUCUGCACACUGAGGAAGAGGUGGAGUCUGCUGCAGACGAAGGCUUUGACUGCUCACUGUGCCGAACACAAGGAAGAGGCUCCUACGGUAAACACACACCAACUUCAGGUCACAGUUUUCUGAUCUUUGUGGAAUUUUCACUCUGAAACAAAGAUCUCUCAUGUUGUCAGCUCAUGUUUAUUCGCUGUUAUUUAGACAUCUUGUGGUUUGUGUGUGUGUGUGUGUUUCAGGGAGGUCAGACAGUUUUGAGUCUCCCUACAUGGCUCAGAUCAUCUCCAGGAUCAGAGAACCGGGUCAGUCGGACUUUUUACUUCAAAGUUUGUUACUUUGCUGAAUAAAUAAAUCCAUUUUAAAACGUUUAAAAACUUUUUUUUUUCUGCUUAAAAAUGUUCAGUGAUCGAAGACUGAAAAAUAAACUCAUGAUAUUGUCGAUAACCUCACUCUGUGUGUGUGUGUGUGCAGACUCAAAGACCUACACUCAGGACGGAGUGUGUCUGACAGAGUCAGGUCUCUCUCACCUUCAGUCUCUGGUUGAACCGCUGACCUCACCGCGCCGAUACCGCAGGUAAACCCUCCGCUCUUCUUCUUCUUCUUCUGUGGUGGUUCUGCCUGAUUCACGGCGUUACAUGAAACUAAUCCUACAUAAGAGAUGAGUGUUGAGUACAUAUCUAGAGUGAAGCCUGGAAACAUAUAUGUUCUAUGUUCAGUCCUGUCAUUAAGACAAUGAUAAAGUUUCUCUUUAAGACUCACACUGCUCUAGCAGGAGCUCUGAUUGGUCGUUCAGCUGACACCUGUGUCCAUCCUGCAGGUGUAAACCCAAACUGAAGCUGAGGAUCAUCAACCAGAACAGUGUGUCUGUCCUCCAGACCCCACCUGACCCUGACAUCCCCACCUUGCAGGACCACAACAGAGGUCAGAGGUCACCUGUCUUAGUGUCCUGACCCUUAAAGUCCUCACAAAGGCACCAAAACAAGUCUCUGAACACACACACACACACAGGUGCUCUGGUUUUUGAACACAUCUCGGUACCUGUCUGUCUCUCUUCUCCAGGUGACUUAGAGUGUGAGAUGAAAUCUGACUCUAGUCCCGAGAGAGACCACGCCCACGAUGAUGACGUCCCCAAGGAGCCCGAGGUUACCGAUGGCAACAAGAAAAGGAAGAGGAAACCCUACAGGCCUGGUGAGGAAGAGAGAGAGUCUGUCUCCACCUGCUCACACCUGUCUCUGUCUUCACCUGACUACAGUUCUACCUGUCCAUCUCAGCCCUUCACCUGUCCUCACCUGUCUCACUUGUCUCACCUGUGUCAGGUAUCGGGGGGUUCAUGGUGCGUCAGCGCGGCGGGAAGCUCGGCCCGAGCAGAAUCAAACUGUGCAGGAAGGAUUCCACAGAGACGCUCCUGGGUCACGACGAAGGUGAGACGGCCCUCACCUGUACCUGUGGACACUCCUCCUCCUCCUGUGUAAACACACUCACCUUAACUCUCACCUGAACUCUGUGUUUAGACGUUACCAUGGAGACGGGCGACCAGACGAUGGAGAAGGUGAAGAAGAGGUACAGAAAGAAGAAGACGAAGCUGGAGGAGGCUUUCCCGUCAUACCUCCAGGUAACACACGUGCACACACACAUGCACACGUACACUCAGCAUCCUCAGUGAAUCCCUGCGUCCUGAUUGGCUGUCUCUCUCUCUGCUCAGGAGGCGUUUUUUGGGCGGGAUCUUCUGGAUCGGAGCCGGCAGGUGGAAAAGAGGGUGGGGCCAGCUGCACCGGGUCAUAUCCAAUCAGGGACAGGAACCGGAAUCACAAAAGUCCCAAACACUGGAGUACAUGGCCCCGCCCCUUCAGGUCUGCAAACUGGUGCCAUGGCAACCAACGCCAUCAGGAAGCAGGGGACGCUGCGUGAGUUUCUAACCUAUGACGCCAUUAAAAAAAAAUCAUUUUUAUUAGUUUUUCAUUUUUUUUCAUCUCAUUUGUGUUUGAUAAACACGGAGAAUCGUGUGUGUGUGUGUGUGUGUGUGUGUGUGUGUGUGUUUGUGUGUGUGUGUGUGUGUGUGUGCAUGCCCAUGUGUGUGAUGUUCAUCCAGCCAUGUCGGAGGAAGCUCUGAUGGAUCUGUCUGAUGUUCUCAAUACUGACCCUCACAUACUGGCUACAGGACACACAGGUACACACACACACACACACACACACACACACACACACACACACACACACACAGUGACAGUGAGGAUGAGAGAAGAUGGCAGCAAAAAAAACAACAGAUUGUGUUUGUGUGACUGACGGGUGAUAUUUAGACAGGAAGGAGGGAUGAGGAGGGUGAGGAAGGAGACAAAAGGAAGGGAAGGAGGAAACAGACAACAGGUGACAUAAAAGGAAAGGAGGAAAGAAAACAACUGAAUGUAAGGAUGAGGAAAUGAGAGUUUUACCCCCAAUUUCCACCUUCAUCCUGAUCGUCUCUGAAAAGGUCGUAUCCUCCGAUCGUAGCUGAUCGUCGGGCACAGACACAAAAUAAAACAUCCGACGAACAAGUGAAAGGUUUUUAGACGUCAUUUCACCCCGAUGACACCAUGGAUGAGGAGAUGCUGAUUCUAGAAGUCCAGAAGUAGAUUUCCUCCUCAGGAAGGACACAAUCUACUGCUUAUGUGUCUAUGUGUCGAUUGAACAUGAAUCCGCAGGUUCUUGUGAUUACCGCUGUCCGUAAUCCGCCAUGAAAUUGGCGUACGGUCGCCGCCGUUCCUGAUGCGGUGUAAACUGGGGGUAAACCUGCACUGAUGUUCACACAUUUACAGUCACAGUUCAAUUAUCUUCCUCCGUCUCCUCACACACACAAACACACACGUGUGUUUUCAUGGUUUUCCUUCAUUUCCUCCUCUUCUCAUGUUUCAUUUUUUGAUGCCGAUCAGUUUAAUCACUGCGUCGUUAUUGAUUUUCGGGAUGUUACAGAUUCACUCAGUGAUGUUGAAACUGUGGGUCAGUCUUUCCUCAAAGCAGGGCCGAUAUUUUCAGAUAUUUAAAGUUUAUCAGCUCAGAGGACAGAGACUCUGAAGUCUUCAUGUUCACCAGAGAGCUGAGGACUGAAUCAGAGACUAAAGAUCACGGAUGACUGAUUUAGAGAUCGAAGAGGAGACGUUCAGAGGGGUUAGAUAUCAGACAGCUCUCUGUAGGACUCUGUCUCCCUGACGUUGUCGAUGUUGUGUGGUUGUGAACCGCUGAACGACACCAACGAAGAAGAGUUUCCUGCAGGAGUUUUGUCCUCGCUCAGACGAUGACAGAGUUUGUUUGUUUUCAGGUCAGUUCACGGUGGAGCGCUCGCCCUCGCCGUUUGGUAAGACUCUGCAGGACAACCUCAACCCUCCUCCUCCUCCUACUCCUCUUCUUCUUCCUCCUCCUCCUCUUCUUCUUCCUCCUCUUCUUCUUCCUCCUCCUCCUUCUCCUCCUCUUCUUUCUCCUCCUCCUCCUCCUCCUCCCGGAGUCUGGUUUUCAAACCUCCUCCCUGGAUUUCGUUCUUUAGUUUCAUUAUAACCGACUAACAAACCUUCCUCUCAGAUUUCUGCAGCACCUCCUCUUCCUCCUCCUCAAAGAUCCUCCUCUUAUUCUGCUGUUGAAGCCUCCUGCUCACUAACUCCCUCUCUCUUUCUCUCUUUUGUUUGUCUGUUUUUAACGUCUCUCUCUCUCUCCCUCUCUCUCCAUCUCUCCAUCAGCUGGUCUGGACAUUGGCUCCAUGGCUGACUCUUUGACAGGAAGUGGUGGGCGUGGUCAGAGGGCGGUGCCAGAGGAGCCUCUGGACGCCAUCCUGAGUCCUGAGCUGGAUAAGAUGGUUUCUGAUGGUGAGUUUGAGACGCUAAACUGACAAGAAUUCAAACAUUUAGAGGAGGUGUCUGUAAAUCUCAGAGCUUUUAUCUCUGUCAUCUGUUGUUUUCGGGUUUUUAAAUAUUUUCUGUUUGAUUUUCCGUCAGUUUUAACCUGAUCAGUAAUCAAUUAAUACCAAACAUGACUUUUAGAGAUCAGCUGACUGAUCAAUCAUGUUUUUCUGCUGCAGGUGCCAUCCUCAGCAAACUCUACAAGAUCCCAGGUAAGACCCGCUCCUCUCCUCACAGUCCAUCUUCUCAGGGUUCUGGAGGAUCUCAGAUCUGAGUUCUCAGGACCUGUUUAGAGGAACCUUUGUGAGAGUUCCCGCCCCUCAGCACCAGAGCGACUUUGAUUGGUCUAUUAGUGAAUUGAUUGGUUGAACGUAAAAGCCGACUCAGCCGCACUAAAAAUUGAGAGACGCAGUAAAAACAGGAGCUGACAAACAGCUGAAGAUGUGUGUGUCAGUGUGUGUGUGUUAAUGUUUGUGUGUGUUUGUGUGUGUUUGUGCAGAGCUGGAGGGGAAGGACGUGGAGGAGGUGUUCACCGCCGUCCUGAGUCCAAACAGCAGCGGCAACAGCCAACCAGAGCAGAGCCAACACACACACACUGCUGGGAGCAAGACCAACACACACCACCACCCGGGUACACACACACUCACACACACACAUUUUUAUUAUCAUUAUUAUUAAUAUUAAUAUUAAAGGUCGACCUCCUCUGUCCUCCUCCUCUCCAGGCGCCGUGUUUCCUCGUCUUCCUCUCAUGAACGGCCUCAUGGGAGCUUCCCCUCACUUCACCAACGCUCUCAUGAUGCCCGGCGGCGCUCAGGCUCCAGCGGGGUUCAGGUUGCCCCCUCCGGAAAACCCAGGCCCCACCCCCAGACUGGCCUCCACCAAUCAGACGCCAGCAGGUGAGGGGGAGCAGGACGUGAUGUCGACGGCGCAGAGAGGAACGCUCAAGUGGGAGAAAGAGGAAUGUCUGGGGGAGAUGGCCACCGUCGCCCCCGUCCUCUACACCAACACCAACUUCCCCCAACUGAAGGAGCAGUACCCAGGUAUUCACACACACACACACACACACACACACACACACACACACACACACACACACACACACACACACCUGCACUUAAUCAAACAUACAAACACAACUUUCAAAAAUUUGAUUGAAGUUUGAAGUUAUUUGGUUUGUGAUUUAUGUCUGUUUUACCAUAACCCUUUGUGUGUGUGUGUGUGUGUGUGUGUGUGUGUGUGUGUGUGUGUGUGUUAGAAUGGUCCGCCAGAGUGAAACAGAUCACCAAGCUGUGGAGGAAAGCCAGUUCCCAGGAGAGGGCGCCCUUCGUGGUGAGUUUGGUCCUCGGCUUGUUUUGAUUCCAUGAUGAAGCUCCGCCCUCCCCCCACUACAUGGUCAUUAGGUCACAUGUUUGGGUCCGUACCUGUGACGCAGGUGUUUGUUUCCUUUCUCUCGCAGCAAAAAGCCCGAGAUAACCGCGCCGCUCAGCGCAUCAACAAGGUGCAGCUUUCCAACGACCCGCUCAAACGCCACCCGCCGCUGCAGCAGCAGCAGCAGCAGCAACAACAACAACAGCAGCAGCAACAGCAGCAACCUGUACCGCUGCCUGGACCCUAUGACCCCAUUUCCAUGGAGACAGAUGGGACAUUUAAAGACCCUCUGAGGCCCAAAGAGUCUGAACAGGAGCAGGAGUGGAAGCUGAGACAGGUGAGUAGUUUUUGAGAGUUUGUCUUUAACUCAUCAACGCCAUCAUGAAGUAGAGCCUGAGAGAGAAACCAACACAAGACUGCUGUCAGCUUUUAUUCUGAAGGGAUCCUGUUUUAUUCUGAAGGGAUCCUGGUUUAAAUGCCAGACAAAGUCACCGUUCAUGCUGUGGUCACUUUAAGAGUAAAAGGCCUAAAAACACAGACCGCAGAAGAGUUUCGACAUUUCUAAACUUACAGGUGGGGUAGUCAAGAUCUGAUGAACUCUACCCCUCCUAACCAGUUUUUCCCUCAGCUCCUCCCCUCCCUCUCUGCUUUAGAAAGCCCCGCCCACAAACAGACGCUCCUGCUCGCUCGUAUCGUUCCAAUUAAAUUCAGAUAUAAUGCAGAUAAAUACUUCAGAUCAUUACAAAUGGGGCCCAGUCAAGGUGAAAGUCAAAAGCAUUGGUGCUACUGUAGAUGCCAACAGACUACCAGCAAACACAAUGUUUGCAGGACUUCUACAACGAGGAUAAAGUGACAUAGUCCAGGACCCGAGGGAGGACAGUUUAGCGAUGGCGCUACAACACGCUACAGCAGGUCCGUUUGACAAGAAACACUUCUGUUACAGACACUUGUCUUACUUUGUUAAAGCGGUUUACCUGUCCAGCAGAAAGGUUACAGGGUCACCAAGAUCCCCAAGCGUCCCCCAUGGUUUAUGUUGACCCGGCUUUUUAGCUCUUGUCCGGUCUACCUCCGUUUUAAGCGCCCGUUAUUCCUCCAGAGUCUCCGGUAUUUACUUUGUUUUCUUGCUUGUGUCGGCAGUCGUGCCCAAAGGAGGAUUCAGACAAUUUUCCGAACUUUCUGGUUGGUUUCUACUGUCCGAUAUUGUAGCACGCUAACUUUGUUUGGGCUCCUGAACGACACGGGGGAGCAGCGUCUGCCUCACAACCAGUCAGGUCGAGUAGGCGAAGAUGCUUCUUUUUACAGAUUCCCGCCGACCCCACCUUUAAUUCAAAGUCGUCCAAAGACAAGAGACGUCACUGUCUCAACUUCUGUGUAAUCUGUUUCUGGCAUCAAAUUUAAAGUGAGAAUUCAUUUCUCUUAAAACUUUUUAACUUUUCUGUUUUGUAAUCAUCCUUAACAAAGGUGAAGUUCCUGUUUUCUGCCUCUAGGGGGCAGUGUGUUCAUAAAAAUCGGAUAAAUAUACAAGCUCUUAUCAUCACAGCAGGCUGGUGUUGGUUUCCCGCUCUGAGCAGUAACCAUAGUAACCUGCAGGCUGCAUUCAGGGGGGAGUCAGGUGGAUGGGGAGGGGGGGUCAGAUGAUGUCACUGUGAUGAAGAUGAUGUCCCCCCUCCCCCCCACACUAACGUUGUCAUGUAAUUGUCAUUGAAAAGGGAGAGGUUAAUGACAGAUGGGGAGCCGGUAAGAAGAGGCAGCAAAAUCUCCCCCAAAGCAAAGCCCUAAAAUCACCAUCUGAUAAAGAUUGUCCCUACCAGGCACCUGUAGCAGGAGGGGGCACAGAGUCUCUGGUAAGAUCUCAAGAAGAACCUGUUCUGGGCAGACUGUCCUGGAUCCAGAACCAACUGAAAUCCUCUUACUGUCCUGGAUCUGUCUGCACUUGUACACACACACACACACACACUUCGGUUUGCAAUCUGUUAUCCUGGAGGUCAGAGGUCGAGCGCUAGAAUUAAAAAUGAACUUUUGGGUCAGAAAGUUUUUCUGAAUAUAAAAAGUUUUGAAGAAAGAAAAAAACGAUCCGGUACCAGAAGAUUCUGGACCUCCAGGACCUCCAGGAUGUGAACUCUGGAAACUCGAGGUGUCUGACUGACAGACUCAGAACUAAAGAGGGUUUCAGACGGACGGACCAGGUGGGUCUUGCGUACUGAUUCUGGGCCAGUUUACCUAUCAAGAAACACGGGAGGGUGGGCGGGGCUAAACUGCUUUAAACCUUAAUUAUCAUGGUGUCAUUUGAGGGACAUCUGAAGUGGAUUUGGCCCAGAACGAGUGUGCAGGACCAGAGUCUGUCUCAGGACUGACUGAUUUUAUUCUGAAGGGGUAAAGCUGCCUCACUCUGAAUGUGUCUCUGCUGUCGUCCUUUAACCCCCCCACCCUUCGCUCUGAUCUGAGAACAGCUGCUACAGUUUUCUGAGUUUAAAUACCGAGGCGUAUAUCUGACCUUUGAACUCUGACACUGAGCUUCUACACGUCCAAACAGUCAGUGGAUUAAAACUCUUUCAGUCGGCCGACUCUUCGCUCUUCUUCUGUAACCCUCUCAGCCCCGAGCUCCUCCUUCUUACGCUCUGUCUGAUUUCACCAGGGUCCUACUUCCUGUCACUAAUCGGGUCUUUGCUGAUGCUCUCCCUGCCUCAGGCUUUGGCAUCCCACAAAUACAAGUACCUGUUAACUGUCCAUGCUUGGGAAGCUGGUUCCAGUGUUAACUCCAGUGUUCCCCAUAUACAGAGGCCACAGUGGUCACUGUCUGAUCUACCAGCCUGGACCUUCUGCUGCAUGUUUCCCUCAGCUGUCUUUAGUGUUGGGCGGUAUGACGGUAUAAACCGUGUGACGAUACAAAAGCGUCUACCAGUAGAAAUUUUGCUCUACCGUUUGUACUGGAGAGAGAGAGAGCAGAUGUUGGAUGUUACCCAAACAGGUAUUAUAAGUAUAUAUAUAUAUAUAGACAGCCGAGGACCGUUGAACCAACAUUCAUUCAGGAGCCACAUUUUCAGUCUGAAGCUCCUUUUCCAUAUUUUUCUGAUUCCGCAUGAACACGGCGUGUUCUCCUCGGCGUGUUCUCCUCGGCGUGUUCUCCUCGGCGUGUUCUUCUCCUGCUGAAGGACGACAGCAGCUUCACUUUCAGUGUGAGCAGGUGUGAAGAAGCAGGUGAGAGACAGACAGGAGAGGGCAGGAAAGACCGUCCCUAAACAGGACUAGAACCCCAGACCCUGAACCCUGAACCCUGAACAGCUGUUUGCGCUGAAUUCAUCACCCAGAUCCAUGUUUACUGAGCGAGCAAGAGAGAGAGAGAGAGAGAGAGGGACAGAGAGCAUGAUCAGACGCCAUGUCAUCAUUUAAACUCCAUCUGCUAAGAGCGACCAGCACUCUGACUCACUGUGUGUGUGUGUGUGUGUGUGUGUGUGUGUGUGUGUGUGUGUGUGUGUGUGUGUGUGUGUGUGUGUGUGUUCAGCUGAUGCGUCAGAAGAGUAAGCAGCAGGCCAAGCUGGAGGCGACUCAGAAGCUGGAGCAGGUGAAGAACGAGCAGCUCCUUCAGCAGCGGCAGCAGCAGCUCCUGGCGGGUCAGCUGUCCCCGGACACCGGCAGCCGCAGCCCCAUGACCCCCAGCCAGCUACCCGCCGUCGGGGGCAACGCCUCCCCCCUCCAACCGCAGGCCUCCAGAGAGUCCAGACAACACCUCUUUCAGGGAUCAGGACUGGCUGAUGAUGUCUUCCUCAGACCCCAAGCUCCUCCCCCCUCUGGUUUCUCCUCGCUCCCUCACUCCCCCCACUCCUCCUCUCCUCUCCACCAGCCCCCGUCCUCUCCUCAGAUGUUCUCCCCGCCCUCCUCACGUCCCUCCUCCCCCUGGGACCCUUACAGUAAGGUCGUAGGGACUCCUCGUCCCACUUCCUCCCAGACCGGCGGCCCGCCUGCCCCUCAGCAGCGCCGUAACUCCCUCAGUGCCUCCCCCGCCCACGAUGCCUUUGGAUCUCCUGCACCGUCUCCAGACUCCAAACCUCCAGACGUCUCCAGGACCCUCAUACCCCAACCAGGUGAGUUCCCACCUCCUCCUCUGCACUGACUCCUCCCCCCUCCUUUCUUCUGACUCUGCUGAUGAUCCCUCGUUUCCUUGUUUCCUCCCUCCUUGAUUCCUCCUCCAGGUCUACAGCAGAGCAGAGCAGGUAUGAUGACCCCUCCUUCUGGCUCCGCCCCCGAUCCUUCAGUCCGACAUGUGGGGAUGCGAGCCGCAGAGACCUACCAAAGGACUCCUCAUAACAGCAACAUGCGCGUCGAGCAGUACCGGGUUGGAGAUCUGGUCCAGGGCGGGCUGUUCAAAGCCCCCAUGCCCCCCCAGCACCAACACCAGAUGGAGGGAGGGGGGAGGCGGGACCCGUCUAGACCCACAGACCUGGGCUUUACCCUCCCCCAGCCCCAGGAUUCGGCCUUCCCCUCCAGUCCGCUUUCAGGACUCGGCUCCCCCCACCGCAGCCCUUAUACCCAGACACCCGGAACCCCCAGACCGGACUACACCCAGCAGAUCCCUGACCCCUUCACCCAGCAGUCACCUCUGACCUCUCGACCCUCACCCGAUCCUUACACCAACCCUCAGACACCCGGGACGCCACGGCCUCAUUCAGACCCCACGUACUUACCCACUCCUCCUGCACUGAGACUGGACCAGUACAACCAGCAGUCUGCGAACCGCCGACCGUCCCCGUCCCACCCAAACCUGGACCCCUACUCCUCCAACCCAGGGACACCCCGCCCAACUGGCAGCGAGCGCUUCCCUCGAUCACCCGGAAACCAGCGGAGCAGCGACCCUUAUGCCCAGCCCCCGGGUACACCACGACCCUCCCCGGACACCUACGCCCAACAACCCUCCACGCCGCGACCCCAGAAGGCCCCUGAGCCCCUCAGCCAGCCCCCCACAGAGACCUUCACCCCUCAGGCCACAGGGUCUGUAUCAUCCCCCCUCGCUCCAGGACUGCAGGGAGAGACCGUGACCUUCAGCGGAAUCCACCACCAGGUAACGGAUCACAGUCAGAACAUUUUAAGAACACACAAACCGAAUUAUCGCCUUAUUCCGAUUAAGAUCGGACAACUGAAGUGCGUGUAAACACCUUAUAGGGAAUUUCCACCUUCAUCCUGAUCGUCUCCUAAAAGGUCGUAUCCUCCGAUCGUAGCUGAUCGUAACCAUUCAAGUUAACGUGUCAAUUUACACCGACUUCUUUCCGUUCCUCUGAGGAUCGCCGGACUCCUCAGCUGAUCACAAGAGUUCUAUUUUUUCCAGACGCUGGAGUCUCUCUGUGUCCACAGUCUUCUAACAAUGCCAUCUAGUGGCAUGUCUGGGUACAGCAGUGAUACUGAAGCUGAAUUAGAUUAAUUCACUUAUUUAAUAAAACAUCAAACUAAAUAAACACUUUUUUCUCUCUGGUCAGCUGCAGCAGUCUCCAGGACGACAUCAACAUCAGCAGCAGCAGCAGAAGCCCGCUGUGAUGUCAGAGGACUUUCCUGGAUUAGCCGGUCAGACUCCGGUCCACGACCCCUUCGAGCAGGGUCACAUGACAUCAGGCCCCCCACAGGUAGACAAGACAACAACCAAUGAGAUCCCGGCUCUGACUGCAGAUGGACCAAUGAGCAUGCUGCCUCAGCUGGGAGACUCAGAGGAGAAGCUGAGACAGGUAGGACAGGUGGAUUCUGGUUUCAGGUGACUAACGUGGUUCUGAUGGCGGUUUUCUGGUGCUCACCUCUUCUUCUUCUUCUUCUUCUUCUUCUCUGUCCGUCUGUUGCAGCGUCAGCGUCUACGUCAGCUCAUCCUGAGGCAGCAGCAGCAGAAAAGUGCGUUACGACUGGAGAAAGGUCUCCAGGAGGCGGCCUCAGGAGCUCCUGUACCUCCUGCUGCUCCUCCUGGAUCCACUCCUGGUUCUGUAAGUCCAUGUCACUGGUCCCAGGAGGACACCUCCUCUGCUCCUCCAGCGGACCUGUUUGGACGUCCUCCACCCCCGUACCCUGGCACAGUCAGGCCUGCUGGGCCAAGAGGUGCUCCGGCCCCACGGUUCCCUGGAGGUUUCCAAGGAGAGCAGCAGAGAGGGUUCGCCCCCACAGAGCCUCCCUUCCCCAGACAGGGUCUCCCCAGACAGAUGGGAGUCCGAGGACCAGUCCCCAGGUUCACCGCUCCUCCAGGAGCUCCUGUGGGUCUCCAGGACUCAUUCCUACGUCCUCCUCAGGGAUCAGUGCCUGGACCUGGGCUUACUGUGGUGGAAGGAGUCCCGGUCCAGAUGAGGAGGCCUCUGUCGGGGGAGUUUAUGGGUAUCAGACCCCUCGCUGCUCCUAAUGCUCCUCCUCACAUGAUUCCAGGUGAGACAGACGAGUCCUCACCUCCUCCUGCUCUUCUCCUCGUCACCCUGACUGUUUAUAUUUGUGUUGAGGGCUGUACCUAACGAUGACUGUUUUAUUGAUUAAUCUGACAGUUAUUUUUUAAUUAAAAACUUGUCCUGUUAUUUAAUUCGAUGAUUUACCAGCCUGAGGUUAUUGUUGCUUAGCUAACUCAGAGUUACAAUGACUGUCGAGUAACAAUAAAUAACAUUCAGGCCACCUUUCAUUUAAUAGUGAGAAGGUCAACCAACCAAAAAGGCACAUCAUUUUGCAUUGCAUUGUGGGCCGCGGUCGGCAUAAUGAUGGCAACAGUGUUUGUUUACAUCGCUAAGUUAGACACGGCGUUAGAUAACAGCGUUUUCCCUUUAUGCGAUCGAUCGUGACGCACCGCCACGGUUAGAUAAAAGACGCCACACUUUAAAAAUGAGUUUUUUCUUGCGUGGAUCUACCUCAGACUCAUGUAUCAGUGACACGUGUGCGGCGGAGCUCGCGUGUGCCGAGUAUUAGCAUGAGUGAGGUAUCAUCGGCGAUCACACAGCUGAUUAAUUAGCGAGUUAUCGGACAACUGAAAGAACAAACUGAUGCUUAACAGCUGAAAGCCAGGAAGAACAGGAGGAGCUGCUGAUAGAUCAGGAUGAAGUAGGUUUGAAAUCAACGCCAUCAGGUGGAGCUUGUUUGCCGUCCACGCCUCCGCCGUUACCUGAAGUAGCCAUUGUCUACGUCAUCAUGUGUCGACGAAUCGCCCCAGUCCUACUUCUGUUUGUUUUCAUGAAUAUUUUCAGAGAUCAGAACAAAACACUGAAACCUGACGUGACCUCUGACCUCUCCUCCCCUCCAGGUGUCCCCCCCCAGCCCUUCCUCCCUCGCUCCCUCCCCCUCCAGCAGCACAGCAUCAUGGGACAGCCCUACAUCGAGCUCCGACACCGCGCCCCCGAGAACCGCCUGAGGUUGCCCUUCGCUCUGCCCCCAGCCCCGGACUCUGAGAACCCCCUCCUCCAUCCCCGGGACCCCCACCACUCUCAGAUCAGGCCGGGUCAGGUGGGGAGGAUGGGUGAGACGUCGUUGACGGAGCAGCACCUCGGUCACACGGCGGCGCUUACGCAGAGCGGCGAGGCAGCGGGGGCUGAUGGGAUAGAGGAACACUUAGAGGGGGAGGACUCGGCGGUGAAGGACCUGGAGGACGUGGAGGUCAAAGACCUGGUCGACCUGAACCUGAACCUGGAUCCUGAGGACGGUACGCCGCCAUCACUCACUGUAUCCGGGUCUUGGUUCUUGUUGUGAACCCGUCCAGACCCGUGACCCGUUUCUGUCUCUGUUCUGUUUCAGGAAAAGAGGACCUGGACCUGGGUCCCAAUGACCUCCACUUGGACGACUUCCUGUUGUCGGGGAAGUUCGAUCUGAUCGCUUACGCCGACCCUGAGCUCAACCUGGAGGACAAGAAGGACAUGUUCAACGAGGAGCUGGAGCUGGGGGAGCCGUCAGAGGACAAAGACGGGGGAGACAAGAGAGACGGCGGGGCGAGGAAGACGGAAGGCCACGCCCUCUUGAUGGGUCAGAUCAAACAGGAAGUCAAGACAGAAUCCAGAGACGGGUUGGGUCAACAAGGGGUCAGCACCAUCAGCAGACCACCGGCCCCUCCAGGAGCUCCAAGGGGUCCAGGGUCCAUCCAGCCGGGUUCUUCUGGACUCCACAUGAAGGUGGGACCUCCUCUGAUCGAUCAGGUUUUCAUUCUCCACAGUUUGAGGAGCAGCUGAUCAAUAAAAUCAACAAUAAUCAAUAAAGUCUCUGAUCGUUUCCUUCCUCCAGGAGAAGGGGGACGACUCUGGAUCUGCUGCCCAGGAUCAAGCUCUGCUGUCGGGCAUGACCGCCCAGGUUCAGCCCCCCCUGGCUGGAGGUAAAAACAUCUGAUCAAGAUCUUCAUCAAGAUUAUUGACGAACUAUUAUUGAUCGAUCAGUUUAUCAAAGUGAUGAAGCCAAAAUUCAUCCACCUCAUCCUUUCUCCUCCUCCACCUCCUCAUGUGUCUCCUUCUCUUUCCUCUCCUCCUCUCAGGUCCACAGUCCGUCUUCCAGCAGAGACCUUUCGGACCUCCUCCAUCCUCUUCAGGUGUCUUCACCUCCCCCCCUCAGGGUCUCCUGGUACCCCCCAACCCCAGUUUGACCCCUCAAGGCUCCUCUGCUCCUCCUCAUCCUCUGUCCCUUCAGCCCUCCGCCCAGCCUCCCCUCCUCCUGAACUCACAGGCCCAGUCUCCACACCCAGGAACCUCCACACAGACCCAGAACCAGGCGGUCUUCCUGCAGAACCAAAACCAGGAUCCGAAGCACCGUCCUCUUCUCCUGGAGGAGCAGCCUCUGCUCCUGCAGGACCUCCUGGACCAGGAGCGCCAAGAGCAGCAGCAGCAGAAACAGAUGCAGGCCCUGAUUAGACAGAGAUCCACCCCGGAACCAGUGGUCCCCAACAUUGGUAAGACCAGGACCAGGACACAGGAUGGUAGGGGAAGGUCCCGCCUCCUUUGCCUCUGAUUGGCUAGAAGUGCUGGGCUCCGAUUGGUUAUUCUUUAUGGCUGUGAAACAUCGUCUGUCGGGUUAGGAGAUUCAGAAGUGCGAUAAUGUUCUGUUUGACGUACAGAGCCGACAGCCCGUGUUUGGCCUGAGCAUGUGAUGACGUUUCACAGCCAAUCAGAGGCAAAGGAGGCGGGACCUUCCCCUACCAUUCUACGAAAGAAAACAUCACGACCAGGACCACUAGGCAGAUCUUUGAACUUGUUUUCGUACUUUGAUGAUGAGUUGGUGUGUUUGUUUGUGUUUGUUCAGCAGACUUUGACUCCAUCUCUGACCCCAUCAUGAAGGCUAAGAUGGUGGCUCUGAAGGGGAUCAACAAGGUGAUGACGCAGGGCAACUUGGGCCUCAACCCCAUGGUCAUCAACAGGUAGGACGACCUUUGACCUUGAGUAUUUAACCUGAAGGCAGGGCUGGGCGAUAAAUAUAUGAAUUAGAACCAAGUAUCAAACAACUCCAUCAUAGCAGACAGCAGCUCCACCCAACCAUAGCACUUUAACAGGUGAAGCCGACAGCACUGUUGGUGAGAAACAAAGAAAAUGAGUGCUACCCCCGACAGAAAUGACCAUGAAGGCUCAACAGAUGACCAUUCAGUCGGCGUUCUCUAGAGCGACGCCUUACGACAAAACGCCAAAGAGACACAAAGACCUCACAGAUGCAGGAGAUUAUUGUGUUGGAAAAGACAUGAGACCAAUAAACACUGUUAGAUUUUUAUAUCCUGAUAUUUAUUGAUAUCAGCUGAUAUGAAAAAAAUAUAUCGUGAUAAACUUUUUCUCAUAUCGUCCAGCCCUACUUUGACCUGAAGAGUAAAAGGCAGAAAUGUGUCGAAGCUUUAAAACCAGGAACUUAUCAGACCGUAGUCACACCUGACGUCCGAUCUGUUUCACAGGUUCCAGCAGACUCCAGGGACCCUGGUGGCUCCUGUGGCUCCAAGUUCAGGGAACUCAGCCCCUCCAACUCCCAACGUCGUGGUCCAGGUGUGUAUGACCUCGAUGGGGCUGAAGCGUGGGAUUGUUUUUAGUAUUUUAAUCCAGGAAGUGAUGUCUGGUGAGUGUGACCCUCAGUCCAGAUGAUCGUUUGUUUUCUUUUCAGGACAAGAAGUUGAACCCUCCUCUGGUGAGACCCAACCCCCCCAGCUUCGGCCAAGGCUUCGUCAGUAAGUGUCAUCAUCUGUCAUGAUAAUGAUCAUUCAGUAACCAUGGUUACCACCUUUGCACUCUUUAAUACUAAAUGAAAAGAGGAGAUCGUCUCUCUGAUGAUCGGGGUUAUUAAUCCGCCCUCUUCCUCCCUCAGACGAGUCUCAGCGGCGGCAGUACGAGGAGUGGUUGGGGGAGACGCAGCAGCUCCUGCAGAUGCAGCAGCGCCUCCUGGAGGACCAGAUCGCCGCCCACCGCAAGACCAAGAAGGCUCUGUCGGCCAAACAGAGGACGGCCAAGAAGGCGGGGCGACCGUUCAGCGAGGAGGACACCGCCCAGCUGAGGAACAUCACUGAGCAGCAGGGGGUGGUGCAGAAACAGCUGGAGCAGGUACGCCUGGUCUACACACACACACACACACACACACACACACACACACACACACACACACACACACACACACACACACACACACGCACACACACACACACACACAGAUGUGGACUCAAACACUCACAGAUGGUGUCGAUGUUUCGGUUCAGAUCCGGAAGCAGCAGAAGGAUCACGCCGAGCUGAUCGAGGACUACAGGACCAAACAGCAGCAGAGAGCUCUGCACCAACCAGCCGGACCCCCUAUGAUGCCCACAGGAGGACCCCCCAUCCCCCAGACCCUCCUCUCUCAGCCUAUAGUGCCCGUGCAGCCCCACACAGUUGGCCCCACGCCGGUACGGGUCCCGAACGUCCCCCCUGGUCCUGGAUGGACCCCAGGGAUGAUGGGACAGAGGAUGCCUCCUCAUCUGCCUCGUCAGAUGCCCCCCGCUGUGCCCAACGCCCCCCAGGCCCCCCCUCACCCUCAGCCUGCAGCAGCCAUGGUGCCUGGGCUCCGACCCCCCACUGCAGGCUUUACUCCAGGCCCACAGGGGCCCACCGGAGGACCCACAGGACCACCAGGAGAUGGAGUCCCUCCUCAGGUAAGACACCUGAAACAUUUUCACUGAUGGAGAAUCAGACUGUGAGGACAGGACAUCAAGACCUGUCUGUGUGUGUGUGUGUGUGUGCGUGCGUGCGUGUGUGUGUGUGUCUUUUCCCACCUGCAGGUGAAGUUUGACGACAAUAAUCCGUUCAGUGAAGGUUUCCAGGAGAGAGAGAGGAGAGAGAGGCUGAGAGAGCAGCAGGAGAGGCAGAGGGUUCAACUCAUGCAGGAGGUAAGACACACACACACACACACACACACACACACACACACACACACACACACACACAGACACACACACACACACACACACAGGAGAAGAAGAACACUUUAAACACACUCCUGUUCCUCCCUCAGGUGGAGCGUCAUCGCGCCCUGCAGCAGAGGCUGGAGCUGGAGCAGCAGGGUCUCCUCGGACCCUCUUUGGGUCCUGGAGUAGGAGCCCAACCCCAGUCUGGAACCGUUAGACAGACACCUGGUCCUGCAGGUCCUCCUGGAUCCACAGCCUCCCCGGGGGGUGACGGUCUCUCCCAGAUGCCGUUUUUCAGCUCUGAGCUGCCCCAAGACUUCUUACAGUCCCCUCCGGCCUCCAGACCGUCCCCUCAGCACCAGGGCCAGGUGGGGGCGCCCUUUGGUCACUCGAGCUUCAUUGGUGGACCACAAAACCCUGGACGGACCCUGACGGAACACGGACCCCCCAUGGAUGUGGCUUCUUCUAACAUCCAGACCAGACCGAGGCUCUCCGGCCCCGCUGGUCCUCUAACAUCAGGACAGGUUCAUCCAGGAGGGCUGACCCCCUCCCACCCUGGAGCUCAGCCUCAUCGAUUCGGACAUGACUCCUCCUCUUCCUCCCCCUCCACCCCCCACCACCCCCCCUUCCCCAGCUCCUCCUCUGGAGGCCCCUCCUCCCUCAUCCAGCUCUACUCGGACAUCAUCCCCGACGACAAACCAAAGAAGAAGAGGAGCAGGAAACGAGACGGCGAGGACUCUGCGGGGGGAGGAGCCAGGACGCCACUUUCAUCACACUCUGAUGACAUCACAGCUCCACCCACUCCAGCGGUCUCAGACACUUCCUGUUCAACACCAACCCGGGGCAGUCUGGAGCAGUCGGACCUGUGCGUCUCUCUGGGCUCUGUCUCUGGUCUCGCUCCAUCAUCAGAGCUGGAGAGGCAGCUGUCGGUGAUCUCUGCAGCCCAGCAGAGAGCCUCGGUCCUGGGCACAGAGUCUCAGAGAGGCCCCCUGUCUGCAGCCUGUCUGGAGGUUAAGGUCAGGGGUCCCAAAGUUCAGUCUCCUGUUCUAACGUCAGGUCUCUGUGGUUCCUGUCAAGCUCAGGUUUGUUUGGUCUCUGUGUCUCUGCAGGAGGAGCAUGUGGAGGCAAGAGCCUGUGGAGGAGGUGUAGUGAAGAUGGAGGAGGGUGUGGGUGAGGGGUUCUUCUCACCCUCAGCUGACGGAGGAAAAGAGCUGCUCAAACACCUGCUGAAGGAGAAGACCUCCCCGACCACCACGCCCUCACCCUCAGGUCAGCUCCCGCCCAACGCUUGCCGACAGCUGUCCAAUGAAAGCAUCCGAUCUGAGGAGGAGGACAGGCCUGGUUCCCAUGGCAACAUGGUAAGAAGUCAAAUGGAUGUCAGCGGUGUAAUAAUCCAGAACAAGAACAUGUUGAUUUUAAACUUUCUCACAGCUGUUUGACUGAGUUCAGUGACAGAAACGUGAAAAGUCAGCAGGUGUAGAACCCUGGUUACCAUGGUGACCGGUGUCUCCCUCCAGGUGUCGAUGGACGGAGCAGGUGCAGACCUGUUGGACUCUUUCGGGAAGAAGAAGACUCAGCGCUGUAAAAGACCCGCCAAGCCGGAGAAGGAUCGAGCUCCUGCCAAAAACAAGAGGAGAAAAAAGGAGGAGGAGGAGAAGAUGCUCCUCAGCUCCUCCACCACCUCCUCCUCGGACUCUCUCAUGACUCACCUCACACAGGUAGACAAAGACCCCUCCCUUUAGAUAUCCUUUUAAUAAACUAUUCUCCUGCUUCCUCCUCCUAAAGAGCUGAUAUCUUUAUUGAUUAUUGAUUUCCCCCCCAGCUGUCGGUGCUGCCCCUCAUGGAGCCUGUUCUGGGGGUGGAUCUGAGUCUGUUCCCCCCGUACGGCAGCUCCUCUCUGGGCUCCGACUCCAGACUGACAGGCUCCUUUGGUAACGCCUGUUUGGACGGAGUCACCGACUACUACUCCCAGCUCAUCUACAAGGUAACCCCACAGUUAUACCGCAGUAAUACUGCAGUAAUACUACAGUAAUACUGCAGUAAUACUACAGUAGUACUAGAGUACUCCAACAGGAGUGUGGCAGAACCAAAUCAGAGAUGUUUGACGUCUCUCUUCAUCUCCCCCCCCCAGCAGAACAACCUCAGUAACCCUCCCACUCCGCCAGCAUCCCUCCCUCCCACGCCUCCGCCUGUCACCCGACAGAAACUGGUGAACGGCUUCGCUACGACGGAGGAGCUGUCCCGGAAAGACAUCACAGAGCAGGACGGUGAGAACGCAGCCGUCACACCCACAGCUUCGUCUGACAGACGUUCACUCUGACUUCACGUUAAUCCUUGUUGUGAUUUUUCUUCUCACAGUGAAAGGGGUGAAGCAAAAGGGGGAGGGGCUCUUGGGUCUUAAUCACGCCUCCAAGACUGUAGACGUCCCCGCCUCGCUGCCGACACCGCCACACAACAACCAGGAGGAGCUGAGGUAAACAUCAGUGCCGACAGAAGAGUUGAUUCUCUUGUUUUUGGUCCUCCGCUCCUCCUCCCGGCGCUCUAACUCCUCUUUUCUUCUUCGUGGGUUUUCUUCCUCAGGGUCCAGGACUCUUCUGAGCGUGACAGUCCAGACGGCUUCGUCCCAUCGUCGUCUCCAGAGAGCGUGGCUGACAUGGAGAUCAGCAGAUACCCCGACCUCUCCUUCAUCAAACUGGAACCGCCCUCACCCUGCCCCUCGCCUACUUUACCCAUCAUGCCGUGUGCCUGGGGUAAAGGUCAGUGCUCAGGAGUGUGGUCACAUGUUAGGGUCAGCCUGCUGUGUUCAUUAUCGUGAUGUUUUACUGUCGUUUUCAUUUGUACGUUUGUGUUCAGGCUCUGCGGUCAAACAGGAAGUGAAGGUGGAGCCUAACCAUCAGGGUCCUCCCUCCUGCUCCAACACAGACCUGGUUACCAUAGCAAUAACCCUCAACCCUUUUGCAGCUCAGGUGAGUGUCCCUCUUUUUCGUCUCUGUAUGUUGAGUUGUCAUCAGAAGCCCCUCCCUUCUGAUGACAUCACUAUGUUUAUGUUCUACAGAGCGUGGCGGGUGUGAUGGCGGCGGUGGCGGAGCUGCUGAAGGUCCCGGUCCCCAUCGACUACCAGCUGAGCCGACCCGCUGGCCCUGAACGCAGCUCUCUGGCCCUGCUGGCCGGAGUCAGAGUGCCGAUGACACAGGUGAGAAAAAACGAGCGAGUCCUGAGCUGUGAUUGGACGGUGUGUCUUCACUAACCUGCAGCUCCUUUUUUAAACUCAUGACUGUUUGUAGUUUCAUCAGACGGUUCUGCUCUCUGCUAAACACUCAAACACAGUCAAGACGAGCAGUUACUAACUUAGAGCGCUGUUGUUGUUUUUUUAUCAUUUAUAGAUAUUUUAUUGAAUUCUUGGACUGAUCAGAUCAGAAUCAGAAGUACUUUAAUAAUCCCCCGGGGGGAAAUUGCUUUUUGUUACAAUAACUCCAGUGCAAUUAAAGUAGAAAGAGGAGAUAAAAAAUAGAUAAAAUAAGAAAAAAAUGGAGAUAAUAUACAAGUAUGUACACUAUGUACAACACAAAUAAUAAAAUAGUAUAAUUGUGGAUAAAGUAUCAGACUGGGAUGGAGGGUCCUGGAAUGCUUGGUUUUGGGUAGUGGAGUUCUAAUGUCCUGGGAUCUGGAAUCUUGGUGUUCUAGAAUGUUGGAGUUCCGGAAUGUAGGCCUGGUCGAUUAUACGAUCGUGAUCGAUGAUCGUGAGAAAUUUCAGUUCGAUCACGGUGAUCAGCUGAGAGCAUAUUUACUCCAUCAAACACAGCGGAUAAUCGUGAUAAUAAUCCAGAUCGGACAAAAUCACAAAGUAUAUCCUGAUCUUUUUUUUUUUUUGCCAAAUCACCCAGCCCUACUGGAAUGUUUGAGUUGAGUUCUGAAAUGUUGGUGUUCCAGAAUGUUUGAGUUCUAGAAUGUUUGAGUUGAGUUCUAGAAUGUUUGAGUUCUAGAAUGUUUGAGUUGAGUUCCGGAAUGUUGUUGUUCUAGAAUGUUGGAUUUCCUGAGUGUCUUAAAGAGACAGCAGCUGAAAUGUGGUUUUCCUGGACUUGACUCUGUAAUACGCUGUAAACUAUGAAAAGACUCUUCAGAACCAGCAGGGAGACUGUACUCCAACUGUAAAUUCUCCCUCUGUGAACGACAUGAACUCGUCCAUAAAGCUCAGUGUGAAUUUAAUGAUUUUCCUUAAAAGAAAAAAACGUUUUCCUGUCCGGACAGUUGAACAGUAAAAGGUCUUCUUCCUGUGUUCAUGAUAUUCUGACUGUUGUGUGUCUGUGUGUGUUUAGAGUCCAGCAGGUAUCAGACAGCAGAGACCUCCACCUGCACCAGGUAACACUCUUGACUUCAUACUCUUGUGUUUCUUCAUUUCUUCUUCUGCCCCUCUCUGUGUUUUCUGUUCUUCUUCUCCUCUCUUCACUUGCCCCGCCCCUUACUUAUAAUUGACAGCUCCCUCUGUGUUGCCUCCAGGUGUCAGAAUGAACUACAUCCAACAUGGCAGCUCUACUCCUGCUCCGGCCAGGCCUCAGUGCUGCAGCAACUGCAAGGUGCUCCUGGGAAAUGGAGUCCGUGUCGUAAAGGAGUUCAAACAGGUUUAAAACACAUCUGAUCCUUUUUUUAAUCAUUGAAUAAAACAAAAUGGCCGACUGAGAGACUGUGUGUGUGUGUGUGUGUGUGUGUUUCAGGAGGGACAGUCAGGACCAGGAUCCAGUCUGGUGUUCUGUAGUCCAAACUGCUCCGCCCUCUACACACCUGAGCAGAGCAGAACACCCGGGAACAAGGUGAGCCUCCAGGUCAGGUUAUUGAUCAUUGUAACCACCUCAGCUGGAGGACCGCCAUGUCACGGCGAAGAGUCAGUGACCUCACAGACCGUGUUUUUGCGUCCUCAGGCUGCUCCCGCCGUUCUGCCUGGAUCUGACCCUCCCUCCAGCAGAGUGCAGCAUCAGUACACCAGCAACAUGUCCUCCAUCACUGUCCACUCCCUCCUCCAGACUCCCCUCGCACCUCCCCCAACUUCCUCCUCCUCCCCUCCCCUCGCUUUCCCUCCUGCCUCCGCCAUCACCAUGGAGACCAGGCCUCGCAUGGACAGCCUCAAGGUGGGAGGAUAUAAGAGCUGAUCACAAAAGUUUGAAGUGUUUACCGCCACAUGGCACACUGACUAACCCCUGAUUGAUCUGCAGGUGAAGGUGAAGUUAAAGCCACGCCCCCGAGCUGUCACAGGUGGAGAGGACUCGUUGUCAUCACGUCAGCUGAAGAGGCUAAAGAGCUGCCGCUGGACACGCUGGAGCGUUAGCAUCACACUCAGCAGGUUAGCCUGUUAGCAUCACACUUAGUCUGUCGGCCAGUGAAGCAAAGCGGCUGCAGUCCUCGCCAUCGUGGUCAUGGGAUCGAUUCCUGGACGUGAUCUCUCGCUCUCUCUCUCUCUCUCUCUCUCACUGGAUCUUUAACAUCUGUCUUUUUACCCAGGGGUCCAUGCAUCCCCAAUGAGGCUGUUGCCAUGCCAACAGAAGAGGAGGUUGAUGAGCUGUUGAGGAAGUUGGGAACAUGUCUUCGCCCUGAGCCGUUACCUAAAGACCAGCGGAGGUGCUGCUUCUGUAACCAGCAGGGAGACGGUCUGACAGACGGACCGGCCCGCCUGCUGAACCUGGACCUGGACUUGUGGGUAAGUUCGCCCAGCUCACCUGGACUCCACACAGGUGCCCUCUGGAACUCAUCAGUCAGUGUUAACUAUAGGUCUUAACUCCUGAUGUGUGUUUGUGGGUCAGGUGCACCUGAACUGCGCUCUGUGGUCCAGUGAAGUGUACGAGACUCAGGCGGGCGCUUUGAUCAACGUGGAGCUCGCUCUGAGACGAGGUCUGACUCUGCGCUGCGCCCACUGUCAGAGGACCGGAGCCACGAGCGGAUGUAACCGCCUCCGCUGCACCAACACCUACCACUUCACCUGUGCACUGCAGGCGCACUGCACCUUCUUUAAGGUACCGCACUGAGACAGAAACGCACUAAAACCAUGAAACACGAGGAUCACCUCGUAGAAACCUGAACGAUCUCUCCUCCGUCUUCUCCUCAGGAUAAGACCAUGCUCUGUCACCUCCACAAACCCCGGAUGGUUCCUCUCAGCGGCGACAGGUCCUCCAGCUGCUCCCCCUCCUCCACCCCCGGCCCCACCCCUGACCCCGUGCUGUUGAUGGCCUCUGACCCUUACGACUCUGAGUUGCGCUGCUUCGCCGUGUUUCGCCGGGUGUUCGUGCAGCGUGACGAGGCGCGUCAGAUCGCCGCUCUGGUGCAGCGUGGCGAGAAGCAGCACACCUUCAGGGUGGGCAGCUUGCUGUUCCGCGCCGUCGGCAGGCUCCUCCCACAUCAGAUGGGCACCUUCCACAACAAGGCCGCCAUCUUCCCUGUCGGUUACCAUGCCAACCGCAUGUACUGGAGCAUGCGCCAUAACAACAGGUAAAAUCCAUCACACGCAGACUCCCAUGAUGCAUCACAGGUUGUUGGGAUAGAUCCGCCUCCUUUAUUGAUCAAUAACUUGAUUGGUGUAUCGAUUGUUCCUCCUCCUACAGACGCUGUAAGUACAUGUGUUACAUUGAGGAGCAGCAGGGGGAGCCGAUGUUCAAGGUGAAGGUGGUGGAGAAAGGACACGAUGACCUCAUCCUGACCGGAACAACACCUAAAGGUAAAGAUCAGCUGGUCUGUGUUUCCUGUACAAAGAGGAAGAACGAACACGGAUCUCCAGAACCUCAGCAGUUCUGACCGUGUACAUGUUGUGAUGUGUUUGUGUGUGUGUGUGUGUGUGUGUGUGUGUUUGUGUGUGUGUGUGUGUGUGUGUGUGUGUGUGUGUGUGUGUGUGUGUGUGUGUGUGUGUGUGUGUGUGUGUGACUUUUCCUCUCUAGCUGUGUGGGACCAGAUCCUGGAGCCAAUAUCCCAGUUGAGAUCCACCUGUGGGACUCUAAAACUCUUCCCAGUUUAUCUGAAAGGAGAAGACAUGUUUGGUUUGACCACGUCUGCUGUGACCCGCAUCAUCGAGUCUGUACGUCAAACACACACACACACACACACUCAGAGUAAUGGUUCAGUAUGUGUACAGGAUGUGUGUAAACGUGUGUAUUUCUGCGUGUUUGUGUGUUUAGCUGCCUGGAGUGGAGGGCUGUGAGCGCUACACCUUCCGUUACGGCAGGAACCCCCUCAUGGAAUGGCCACUUGCCUUCAACCCGACCGGCUCGGCCCGGUCUGAGCCCAAAGCAUGCCAGAUCAAGAGGUACCACACCACACUGCUCUGACACACACACACACACUCACACACACCUGAGUGUUGGUCUGGACUCUCUUUGUUCACCAUCUUCUCUGGUUUCCAUCAGACCCAACCUGCUGAACAGCAUCGCUCCCAGGUGUCAGGGAACCGUGGGAUCCAUCGUGGGCCUCGUCCCCGGCGUCCUCUCUCUCUCUCCAGGUGAGUCAGUAGCCGGCGCUCACCAGGGACGGCAUUCCAAGUCGGCCCAGUACCGCCGCAUGAAGGCCGAUUGGAAGACCAACGUGUACCUGGCCCGAUCCCGCAUCCAGGUGAGACACAAUAACCACGGACAGAAAAUGAAGCUGCUGACUGAUGGGCUGUCCACUGAUCCAAUAACUGUGUGUGUGUGUGUGUGUGUGUGUGUGUGUGUGUGUGUGUGUGUGUGUGUGUGUGUGUGUGUGUGCAGGGUCUGGGUCUGUACGCCGCCAGGGACAUUGAGAAAUGCACCAUGGUCAUCGAGUACAUCGGCACCAUCAUCAGGAGCGAAGUAGCCAAUCGGAAGGAGAGGCUGUACGAGUCACAGGUAACACACACACACACACACACACACCUGUUUAAACUAACACAAAACAGCGUGACCUCUGACCCCAACAUCACACUGAUGUUCACUGUGUGUGUUUGUAGAACCGCGGCGUAUACAUGUUCAGAAUCGACAACGACUAUGUGAUCGACGCCACCAUCACCGGAGGACCGGCCAGGUUGGACUCUCCAGAGCACCGGCUCAAACCGGUUUAGUUCUGUGUUUUUAGGUUUUUUACUGAAUAUUAAUGACCCGCCCUCUGGCUUUGAUUGACAGGUACAUCAACCACUCAUGUGCUCCAAACUGCAUCACUGAGGUGGUGACAGUGGAGAAGGAGAACAAGAUCAUCAUCAGCUCCUGCAGACGCAUCCAGAGAGGAGAAGAGGUACACACACACGCGCACACACACACACACACACACACACACACUGAUUAAUAUAUGGAUCAGAAAUCAAUCAGUGGAAUCAAACAUGGAGAUUCAACACCUGGCAGAGCAGUGAGGUAAGAAUCCGUCAGUCAUGAGUAUUUCCUGACAAGAGGAGGAUGAUGCACAGUAGACUGACGCUAACCACUGAUUUGUUGAGCAGGUCACAUGACCCGACUGUGGCCUGGUAGCUCAUCAGUGUUCUGAGCUGUAGUCCAUGUUAAUGCAGUAAUUAGUGCUGGGCGAUAAAACUAUAAUGAUAUAAAUGAAUUAUGUGUGUAUAUAUAUAUAUAUAUAUAUAUAUAUAUAUAUAUAUAUAUAUAUUUGAAUAAGAACCAAGUAUCAACCAACUGCGUCGUAGCAGACAGCAGCUACACCCAACCAUAGCACUUUAACAGGUGAAGCCGACAGCACUGUUGGUGAGAAACAAAGAAAAUGAGUGCUACCCCCGACAUAUGAAGGAUUUAUGAUGUCAUGUUAGUACGCCGUAACCAAAAGGUGAGGACGUGUUCUGUAUCACACGCCAUCUUUGCCUGGAAGAGAGAGAGAGGCGAAGGGAUCACAUGACCGAGUUCUGGGUGUGACCAGGAUCCACCAGAGCGCCUCCAUCACAUCAGUGUUACACUGUGAUCGCAGGGAAAACUGACCAAUUAGAAAAGUGCAGUUCAGCUCCGCCUCUGACGUCACAUGAAGAAUAAAAGUAACACCACCCCCAACCCCCCCACCCCUCUCUCUCUCUCUCUCUCUCUCUCUCUCUCUCUCUCUCUCUCUCUCUCUCUCCCAGCUGUCCUAUGACUAUAAGUUCGACCUCGAGGACGAUCAACACAAGAUCCCGUGCCACUGUGGAGCCGUCAACUGCCGCAAAUGGAUGAACUGA